CCGGGCCGGGCGGACCCCGCCCGCUCCCCCCUGCUCCUCUCCCGGCCCCCCCAAUGCCGCUGGCCUGGCCCCCGCCCGCCCCCUGAGCUCCCCCGCUUCCCCUUCCCCCUCCCCGCACACCGCCUGCCGCGGCUUCCCCCUAUCGCGAUAGUCGCCGGCGGCGCGGGGGGGGGGCCGCCAUGUCGAGCAGCGCUCGCAGCCCUUUGCCGACCGUCAACGAGAGGGACGCGGAACAGCCGGGCGCCGCCGAGGGCAAGGGCGGUGGCAAGGCCAGCAUGCUGCGGGGCCGGAACGCGGGCACGGCCGCCGAGGAGCAGCCCCACAUCGGCAACUACCGGCUCCUCAAAACCAUCGGCAAGGGCAACUUCGCCAAGGUCAAACUGGCCCGGCACGUGCUGACCGGCAAGGAGGUGGCCGUGAAGAUCAUCGACAAGACGCAGCUCAACUCCUCCAGCCUGCAGAAGCUCUUCCGGGAAGUGCGAAUAAUGAAGGUGCUGAACCACCCCAACAUAGGUGAG